ACAGCCGCUAACGAGGACUGAGGAGCUCAAUUCCUACAGUGAACUAAUGUUUACAAAUUGGUCAACUCGAGGUAUGGUCUUGGUUACUCGAGGCACAUAACCUCCAUUAUUUUCCAAGUGCAAAUCGUGAAAAUUUACAGUGAUUACUCGUAAUCAAACGAGUGACAAUGGAAAGCGGAGCGGACGCGGUUAGGGCGAAAAAAGAACCUAAUGAUUUUUGGUCAGAUGCAGACAAUGAUUAUGAUCCUAAAUCGGUGAAAUCUAGUAGACCAAUAAACUUGGACACAUUCCAGUUUACACCAGCUAAUAUCCCGAAUGAGGCUAUGGGGUUACAAGAAAAAUCAAACGAAAAAAUAUUCGUAGAAUUUGAGUGCAAAGAUGUGAAACCUGAACUGAAACCUUUAUCAACAACCAUUUGCAAAACUGAGUAUCAAAGUUACCCAUCUAUUGUAAAAAUAGAAAAACCAAUUCAGACAAAUUAUUUUUUUAACAAAGUUCUGAUAGUUUUGAUAAAAAAGCAGUUUGAUUAUGAUAAUAACUGUCAAUUCAAAGUAGAUUCCCGAUUAAAUGAAUGUAGAAUUUGUCAUAAAUCAUUUGGCCGCAAGUAUCACCUUAAAUCUCACUUAACUGCAGUACAUUAUCUUAGCAAACCCUUUGAAUGUGGAAUUUGUCAUAAAUCAUUUGGAUACAAAAGUCAUCUCAAUACUCACAUAAUGACAGUGCAUGACCGCAGCAAACCCUUCGAAUGUGGUGUUUGUCACAAGUCAUUUGGACACCAACAUCACUUUAAAACGCAUACUGAUGCAGUUCAUAAACGUAGCAAGCUCUUUGAGUGUGAUAUUUGUCACAAAUCAUUUGGGUACCAGCAUAUACUUAAAGAUCACAUAAAAGGAGUACAUGAUCGGAAAAAACCCUUUGAGUGUGACAUUUGUCAUAUAUCAUUUGGACAAAAAAGUCACCUUAAAUCUCACAUAAAUACAAUACAUGAUCGGAAAAGACCGUUUGAAUGUGAAAUUUGUCACAAAUCAUUUGGACUAAAAAGUGACCUUAAAAGACAUAUAAGUGCAGUACAUAAUCAGAGCAAACCCUUUGAGUGUGAGAUUUGUCACAAAUCAUUUGGACAAAAAAGGUACCUCAAAGCUCACGUAAAUGUGGUACAUCAUCGUAGCAAAAUCUUUGAAUGUGAUAUUUGUCACAAGUCAUUUGGAUAUCAAAAUAAUCUCAAAACUCACAUAAACGUAAUACACUAUGGUAACAAACCCUUCGAGUGCGGGAUUUGCCACAAAUCAUUUGCACAGAAAAUACAUCUCAAUGUUCACAUAAAUGCAGUACAUGAUCGUAGCAAACCCUUUGAAUGUGAGAUCUGUCACAAAUCAUUUUCAAGCCAGAGUUACAUCAAUAUUCAUAUUAAUUCAGUCCAUGAUCGAAGCAAACCCUUUGAGUGCGAGAUGUGUCACAAAUUAUUCGGCUAUAAGAGUGAUCUCAAAAAACAUAUAAAUACAGUACAUAAUUGUAUCAAACCCUUUGAAUGUGAAAUUUGUCACAAAUCAUUUGGACAGAAAAUUAGUCUCAAAUCUCACGUAAAUGUGGUACAUCAUCGUAGCAAAAUCUUUGAAUGUCAUAUUUGUCACAAAUCAUUUGGACUAAAAGCAAUUAUUGGUAGCAAACCCUUCCAGUGCGAUAUUUGCCACAAAUCAUUUGCACAGAAAAGGCAUCUCAAUUAUCACGUAAAUUCAAUACACGAUCGUAGCAAAACAUCAAGUGUUAAAUCUGUGCAGAGAAAUUUGUAAGCAUUUAAGACCUCGAAAAUUUUAUAAAAAAUUCUUAUCAAUAUCCUGUAAUAAUGCCUUAAAAACAAUAAAACAUUUCAAACUGUGCAUACUUA